UGACGUCAGUGCUAAACGGUGGAGAUCUCCGGUGCGCACGCGGCAGCGGUGCUCAGCGUCCGUCCAGCGCGCAUCGCAGGCGGCUGCAGCUGCUGCCACACCACCCCAGCGCUUAGACUUCCUCGCCCGGCUUCCACAUAUGCAGCAUCCACUCGCCGCGAGGACAGCCUCCACCCCAUCACAUUCCCUCCCCCCGGGUUCCUGAAACCCCCAACCCCCCAGCCUUUGUAACCCCACCAUGUCCUCGGCUGUCACCGAGACGGAGGAGUCGGCGCACAGCUCGCCGCUGACGCCGCUGAAGCUGGUCGGGCUGGUGUGCGUCUUCUUGGCGCUCUGCCUGGACGUGGGGGCCGUGAUGAGCCCCGCGUGGGUGACUGCCGACGACCAGUACUACCUUUCCCUGUGGGAGUCCUGCUGGAAGCCGGCGAGCAUCGACAACUGGCAGUGCAGCAGCACGCUGGGUUCAGACUGGCAGGUUGCCACACUGGCUCUGUUGCUAGGGGGCGGAGCCUUGGUGCUGAUGUCAUUUCUGGUAGCUUUGGUUGCCGUGUGCAUCGGCACAAGACGGCGGUUCUACGCUCCCGUUGCCUUCAUGCUCUUUGCUGCAGUUGUGCUGCAGGCCUGCUGCUUGGUCCUCUACCCCAUCAAGUUCAUCGAGAGCAUCAACCUGAGGAUCUAUCAUGAGUUCAACUGGGGCUAUGGUCUGGCGUGGGGAGGGACCAUCUUCUCCUUUGGUGGAGGAAUUCUCUACUGCCUCAACCCCAAGAACUACGAGGAGUACUAUUAACUGGAUUCCAGCCGAAGACUCUGGAGUCACAUGUAGGUGGAGGGGUAUACGGGGGAGGAAGGGGUGGGAAUUGUAAGGAAACUACUUUGGAUUUUGACCUCUAACUUCAUCACCACGAGAUUCGGAGCUGGGAAGGAAAACUGGCGGUCAGAUUGUUUAUCUUGAUGUGAAUGGGUCCGUCUCUGGGAGGGGUUAGGGGUGGGACCUGUUGAUUACCCCGCCUCUGAAGAACUGCUGCUGUUCUGUGGCAACAACCCAAGCUUUUGACUCUCUGGGAGACUUUUCAUGCAUCUUUACACCUGCAUGCAUAUGCAGACGUGCAUAGUCACAUGUGGACACCCGGUUUCUUUGUUUUUUACACAUCUGUGUGGUCCAUACAUUUUUCACAGGGUUUGUGGAUCAGAUGCUGGACUUACACCUCGUAACUUUUUACAAGACCGAUUCCUCCUGGAGGAAGGUGAGCAGAGGAACAAUAUAAGGAUGCCUACUCAAUAUUCUCUGGUCAACCCACUUGUCUGUUACCAAGGCAACCUGCAAGGAGUGCACAUGCAGCUGUCAUGAUUGAUUAGCCAUGGUCAGCGGUGUGAGACAGGACAGCCCUCAGCUGCCUCCUCGAGUCCUCUAAAUGUCCAUUCCCCAUCUGAUUUAAGUCUGAACAGUUUCUCUCUGAGCUUCAUGUGGCCAGGUUUCCAUGCACAGCAGCUGUGUGACCAGGUUAAAAGGUACUUGAUGUGAUGGUGGGAUUAUUUUCUCUGCUGCAUCAGGGGAAAGUGCUCCGCUCAGCAGAGGUGAGGAUGAUGUUUGGCCUCAGGCUUUUACUCAAAGUCCAAGUCUAUGUAACACAUAGGCUGUAUGUUAGCACGAUAAAGACGUUAUGACUCUAUUAGUAUCAAUAAUAUACAUCUUUAUUUAAAACAAAGUGAAAACAGAAGGACCCAGAUGUUGGGACUACAUGAGAACAAAUUGGUUUUGCAGCCUUUAUUAUCAUCUCCUUCAUAUUAGGUACAGAUUUUGUAAAUGGGGAAAAAAGUUCAUUUAAUUUAUAUUUACACGUCAUCUCAAAUCUUUUUAAAUUGGAGUUGUAUGUUCAUGUGUUAAUAAAAUACAUGUAUUCUUUUGGAAAUGAACGUUAUACCUGUUCACUCUGCACUAUGCAUGUAAACAUGGCCACUAAAGUUCAUUAGCUGCCCUUAAUAAUAACUUAAUAUUACACAAACCUGCCUUGGUGUCCAUGUUAAAUGUCUUUGGACAAAGUUUGUGUCAUUUCUGGUUGAAGAUGCUUCCUGUUUACACAUAUUUGCCAAAGCAGAUGUCAAAGUAAACAGAUCUAAAAUGUCACAGUUAAUCGAUGCAAGUGAACAUUUUAGUUUAAGUUGGUAUUUUACAUGAAAGUAUGUAAACAAGAUGGUCUGAUAACAGCUGCUUUCAUGUACCGACAGGCUGGUGUUUACUACUCCAGCCUCCUUGCUCCACCUCCAGCCUCCUGCCUUCUGAUUGGAGGAAAAAUAUUCAACCUUCCUUCUAACUCCUGUCUCAUCCAUGAAUGCAGUAGCCUUCUUUUUUUCUUUUCUUU